UCCUCGCUCCAUGCGUGGUAAGGACUUAAAAGCUAGCGGCAUGUAAGACACACUAGCACAACCAAAGGCAGCGCAAAGCAGUGGCAAAAAAACACAUCGUGGCGCGACGCGCUGCAGCUAUUGGUGACGGCAGCUCGCCCACGCCAUCGGCGCGACGACAGCACGCGAUCGCUGCGGUCUCGGCGAACGCCGCCCUCUGAAAGCACAGCACUCUCCUGUGCUGACUGCAUAAAAACAGCAGCAUUGCGAGGCGGACUGCUCGACAAUAAUCACAGCAAUGACCCAAUUCAUCCCUCCCCAAACGGAGCACGUGCCGCCCUACCAGCACCCGCCCCUCUGCUUCAAGCCCGAGUGCCGGCACGGCGGCCCCGCACCAAAUGAGAAGAUAGAGGACUUUCUGCGGGCCGCCCACGCGUGCAAAAGGGACGCGGGCGAGGCCGUGCGCAAGCUGUUUGUGACGAAGCAAUACAAGGGGGGCAUGAAAGGUGUGGAGGACGACACGGACUUGGUCGCUAGGACAGAACUAAAAGCCGUCGCCGCGUUCUGGUCUGAUGACGACAGGAGGCGACUACUGGCGACGCCGGGCGCCCUGAAAUGUUUGUACGCUUGUGCUGCCGAUUCCAUCCACCUCGCCUAUGGUUCAGACGCGCGGUUCCUCGCGCGCCUCGGUGCUUGGGUAGAACACCCCGACGACGAGGAGCAAUUGAUGCGAGCCUGUCGUAGUACAGUUACUGAUUGGGCCUGCGCCAAUUAUCUCAAUAAAAAGCUCCCCUGCGGGUGUCUGGAGCGGUUGUCGUCGCUGGAACAUUGUGCCACAUGCCUCAAGUACUUGGACCCGACGAAACAAGCGAUCGAUAAAAGGUUAUGCAAGUGCUGUGGGAACGUGGCCUACUGCGGCGUGCCCUGCGAGUCGGCGGACUGGCCGCGGCAUCGGUUGGAGUGUUCUGGAAGGCCCUCGGACGCGGAGAUUGCGCGGCAAGAUUCUGAAUGGUUGGAGCGGCGGGACAAGGCGGUUGCUGCUAGAGCUAGUUUCGAGGAGAUUUCACCCCCCAAAAAGAGUUUCGAUGGCGACUGGGUAGAGGAGAGUAAUGCGUAGGUUAGUUAC